AUGACAGCACGUUUGCCAUUGCGAAAAAGGCGAUCAAAUAAUUUUGAAAAAAUUGGUGAGAAUAGAACAAGGCCUACGCGAACACUGCAACUCGAUCUCAUAAAUCUCAGCGUUGUUAUCUCCAGAUCGCGACCGGAGAUCCGUGGCGCAGUCAUUGGGAUGCGGAGAGGGAGGACUCGAGAGAGAUGCUGGGGGCACGGGAGGUUGCUGGUGCACAACACGAAGGCAGGAUAUUGUUUUGCACCAGCGGCAACCGUUUCAGUAAAAGGACCGCGAAAGUCCUUCGCGAGUUGUUCUCGUAUAUGUCCUGUCACUGCCUGUCACCAUGCAUCUGACAGCAAUCCGUGGACGGAAAUGUUGAGCAGGCGCGUUGUGCUUUCCAUGCUUGUUGCCUCAGCAGUUGGGGCGGCCACUUCGAAAGCACAAGCAGCGCAAUCUGAAGAGACAGAGGAGAAUUCGUACGAUGCUAUCCGAACAAGGAGACAUGUUGGAAUUGGUCGCUUUCCCCCAGACCGGCCAGCACCAGCGUUCGAACCUGGGAAGAAGCUCUUCCAAGUUAACGCUGGUCUAGAGGGACAGGAUGUCAAAAUUGGACAAGGAGAUAUCUAUGUGAAACCCGGGAGUUUAGUAGUAGCCCGAUGGGCAAUGGUUCUCGAGGAUGGAAGUACUGUUGAUGCUGCGAACGAAAAGCAAGCAGGAAUUUUUCGACCAGGAGCGCACCAGGUACCUUCCGGAAUUGAGGAUUCAGUCAUUGGGAUGCGUCCGGGUGGGAAGAGGCUUGUAAAGGGGACAUCUGAGCGUAUAUUGGCAAAUAUUACAACGGGCUAUAAUAUUGGAGAGAGAAGCUUAGUACCGAAUGGUGCAAAUGUCUUCAUUGACAUAUCCGUUGAUCGCAUUGAUCCUUUUGGAGAAAGGUGAUGCAUGACUGAAGAGGUAGAUUACGAACCAUGUGAGGCCCACAAUUUUGUAUUUGGAAGUGACGCAGGAACAGUUUUGAUUCAUAGCCACAAGAGAGGACGUUGCCAUGGUCUGCUGUGUCCCUUCAAUAUCCACUUAGCUCAUCGUCAAUGAAAGAGACUGCGACAUUU